AUGACUAAUACUUCUAACUCAAGAAGCACAUCGAAUUGGUCCGACCUUCCUUUCGAUCUACUGUUGUACAUCAUCUCAAUGGUAAGUUUGACGGACAAACUUACAGUUAUAACUGAAGUGUGCAAAUCGUGGCGAGCAGCAGUCGCUUCGGACAUGGAGUCAUUCAAAACCUUGGACAUUCGCAAAAUGCGACAAUAUUUGGAGCUUUCAAAACCAGGAGUGCACAACUUUCCGCAACUUACACUUGCAUAUGUACGUGCUUUGGAGUUGGGUGGAAGCAACGUGACCAAAUUGGUGUUUGACGCCCAGUUUCAAGUCAGCGAUAAUGAUUUGCAGUAUGCAUAUGAGAGGUGCCCGAAUUUGCGAGAGUUGGCUAUCACAUUCCCAAAUAAAACAACAAGUGUUGAGCUGAAAAAGGCUUUCCAAUUCUGGCCAAACUUGGAGUCUCUUUCCAUUGAGUUUACAACCUAUUUUCAUCCUCCUGAAACCAUCUUCCACAUUGUUGGCAUUCAUUGCUUGAACUUAAGAACCCUUGAGUUUUCUUGUUGCGUGAUCAACAAGGCGACUCUCCACACCAUAACCGACUUAAUGCCGAGAUUGAAGGUGUUAAGGGUUCGACGUUCAAUGGUCAUGGCGUAUGUGGACGAUGUGGUUGAAUCAUUUUCAAAGAUGCCAAGUCUUGAGGAAGUUUAUGUGUCGAUUCUGAAGUAUUCAACGGUGCCAAAGUUGCCGGAUUACCAGGAUCUUCCGGCGAAGAUCGAGGAGGGUCGCAGCCGGAAUGGACUUUCUGGGCUGCGAGUUUUUCACGCUUGUUAUUGCGAAGAAUGCAAAUGUGACCUUGAUCCAGAAACCUAGAUAGUUCAAUUCUCAACAUCUCUAGCGAUGUUUAACUAUGCAUUUAUCAUUGUGAGCCUUGUAUCCUUAAGUAAUGAUGGUUUGUUGAUUAACCAGUAAUCAUUACUCAAUGUCUCAAUCCCUAGUUGGAAGAUUACAGAGAACUCCAACUUAUGUAAUUUUUAUUAAUUACUCCCUUCG